AAAAGCCCACUCCUCCCCGCGCCGCCGCCCUUCUCUCGAGCAAGCACCCAAACCCUCCCCUCUACCCCGCCGCCGCCGCCGAGGAAGGGGCAAGAGGAAGCCGGCGAAGAUGAAGACCAUCCUGGCGUCCGAGACGAUGGAGAUCCCGGAGGGGGUGACGGUGCAGGUCGCCGCGAAGGUGGUGACGGUGGAGGGCCCCCGCGGGAAGCUGACCCGCAACUUCAAGCACCUCAACCUCGACUUCCAGCUGCUGGAGGGCGGCCGCAAGCUGCAGGUGGACGCGUGGUUCGGCACCCGCCGCACCAUGGCCGCCAUCCGCACCGCCAUCUCCCACGUCCAGAACCUCAUCACCGGCGUCACCAAGGGCUACCGCUACAAGAUGCGCUUCGUCUACGCUCACUUCCCCAUCAACGCCUCCAUCACCAACUCCAACACCGCCAUCGAGAUCAGGAACUUCUUGGGCGAGAAGAAGGUGAGGAAGGUUGACAUGCUCGAGGGGGUGACCAUCUUGCGGUCGGAGAAGGUGAAGGACGAGCUCGUCCUCGACGGCAACGACAUCGAGCUCGUCUCUCGCUCAGCAGCCCUCAUCAACCAGAAAUGCCACGUGAAGAACAAGGAUAUCAGGAAGUUCUUGGAUGGUAUCUACGUGAGCGACAAGGGUACCAUCACAGAGGAUGCGUAAACUCCUAUCUUCACCUAGUAUCAUGAAGUGCUGUUUCUUGUCUCCCGUGUCUGAUCAUCCUCUGAGUUGCAAUUUUCUGAGAGACUGAAUUUUGUAAUGGUGGGUUAUUUAGGAUGUAAUGGAGCAUGGUAUCUUAUCCUACAUAUUGUUUCUGUUUGCGAUUAUGAAGUCUAUUUAUCAUCCCCUAAAGACAGUUUACUGGAAGCAUUCGUGGUUAGAUAAACAGCAUAAUGCUACUUAAAAGUGUGAGCUGGUAUGUUUUCCCCUGCGUA